GCUCGUUGUUUGAUCAGAAAUUAUAACGGUCUGAGUGCUCAGAGGCAGCUUCUGCUCAAAGUCGACUUCGCCACCUUACUCCUUCCAAGAUGAACAGAAUUAUCCUCCAGCUUUUUGCGAUCGGAUUCUGCUUUGCAAUCGGUCAAGCUCUGCAGUGCUACAAGUGCAAAAUUGGCCUGUGGGACCUGUGCAUCACCUCUACAACCACAUGUGAAAGUGGAGAACAAUGCUACAGUGGUGUCGGGACAGCAGUCGGCUUCAUGGAUCUCAAGAUGAAGGGCUGUCUUGCAGUGGCCGAGUGCAACCAGACCAAAGAAGUGAACUUCCCAUCCAGCAGCUCCAACUCCACCGUCUACGUCAUGACUAAGACGUGCUGCGGCACAGACCUGUGUAAUGCUGCUCCCGGUCUGCCCGGGACCUCCAGGCUCAGCCUGACCCUGGCCGCCAUCACUGCUCUGUUUGUGGCCAACGUCCUGGUUUGACAGGAAAUCCAGUGAAUGAUGGAUGACAUAAAGUGCAUACACAAAUAAAAACACACACACACGGGUCUUGUGUUUACUAUCCUUGAGGUGUAUUGCGCUUUUUGAUUUCAUACAUGUGUUUAUAUCAAUUAAAAUCUAAUUCCCUCUCUUCUUUUUGUAUUUUUAUAUUCAUCAGUAAUGUGUUCAGUCCUCAUUUCACUAUAGUGUAAGAGAUAUCAAAAUGUUGAUUGACAGACAAUUUAAGGUGUAAAACAAGUGUGCAACACUGACAUCAAAGAUGAUUCACCACAUGUUUAAAGUGCCCUGCAAUUAACUUUCUCCACUUAAGAGCAGUAUAAAGUUUAGGUCCAGGGCCAUGGAUGUUGAUGUUGACAUGUUGGGCGUUUUACUGUUGGUUUAAAUUGGUUUUAUAGGUUAAUUAGUGGCUUUACAGCUUAAAGGAGUUGUCCAACAUUUUGGAAAUAAUGCUUAUUUGCUUUUUUUUUUGCCAAGAAUUAAGCAAUCCACACCACUCAUUUCUGUAUUUUAAAUGUGAAGCUACAACCAGCAGGUGGUUAUCUUAGCUUAGCAUAAAGACUGGAAAGGAGGGAAACGGCUGACCUGGCUCUGUCUGAAAGUAAAAUAAAAAUAAAUUGCCUAGCAGCACCUUUAAACCUCACUAAUUAUAAUGUGUCAUCGUGUUUAUUCAAUCCAUGCAAGUGAAAAACAACAAGUUGUGUUGUUGCACAGCUUGAAAUGUUUAGGAGCUUUAAAGGUAUUAGCACAUUUUUUUUACCACUGGACAGAGCUAGGCUAGCAGUUUCUCUCUGUCUCCAGUCUUUAUGCUAAGCUGGCUGUCUCCUGGAUGGAACUUUGGGUUUACUAUACACACAUGAAAACAAUAUUUUUCUUAUCCGACUCCAUGAAAGAAGGGGAAUAAUCAUAUUUCUCAAAAUGCUGAGCAAUUCCUUUAAUUUAUUGCCUUUGCUCCACUGUAUUAUCAUUUUAGGGUCAUAAUGUCAAUAUACAGAGAGAUCUCAAAGCUUUAUGAGCAUUUCAUUUAUUGCCAUUUGCUUGGCAUUUGGUUCAUUUUAUUAAUGUGUAGCUAACAUAAUGUCAGUUGUCUCUUGUCUUUUGUCUGGUGCUGUCUGUGAUAAUAUUUCUUUUUGUUUUGUGGGUUUUUCCUGUUGUUUUUUGGCAUAAAUGGCUCAAUCAAGUCUGUGUUGAACUGUGUUUAUUUUUGAUAUGUGUCAAAUCCACAUUGCUCAAAUGUGCAGGGUGGAUGAGGUCAAGCUUUUGUUUAUCUUGCUUGUUUUGAAUGUGUACAUAUCGCGAGAACGUGGUCAAAUUGACCACGUUGUUUGCAGAUACUAAAAUAUGAUUGAGUUUGCAGCAGUUUUAAAUUUGUCAGGGCCGAUCUUAAACCCCUGUUCAACUCAAAUCAUUAAAAUGUGUUAGAUAUUCCUGAAACCAAUGCUUUUGGCAUUAUUUUCCAAAAAAAAAAAAGAAACGUGUUGGCCUGUCUGGUUUUGUUAAAUUGGUUGUAGAAUUUAAGGAAUGCAAUAAAUAUCCAAACUAACCCC